AUGGAUGAAGGGAUUUCAGUGGUGGAGCUUGCAAGUGAGGAAUGGAUUUCACGAACCAUGAAAAGAUUAGGUCAACUAAGUAAUGGAGUUCAUGAUGGAAAAAGAAAGGGAGCCCAGGGGGUGGCACUGAGGGUGUCAGGCGAUAAGGCUGCAUUUUACAACUGCAGGCUGAUCGGUUUUCAGGACACCCUAUGUCAUGAUAGGGGCAGGCAUUUUUUCCAUGAAUGCUACGUUGAAGGCACUGUGGACUACAUAUUUGGAAGUGGAAAAUCUUUGUAUUUGAGCACUGAGCUACAUACCAAGGGAGACGGCGGAUUUUCAGUGAUCACAGCGCAGGCAAGGAACCUUGAAUCAGAGGACAAUGGAUAUUCAUUCGUCCACUGCACCUUGUCAGGUACUGGCGGCAACACUUUCUUAGGGUGGGCAUGGAUGAGUAGACCGAGGGUGGUGUUUUCAUACACCUUCAUGAGUUCUGUUGUCAGUCCUUUAGGAUGGUCCGAUAACGUCCAACCUGAACGUGACUCGUAA